GUCAGCAUUAAUUAAGAAAACAAGUGAGUAAGAGCAAUCUAAAUAAUAAUCAAAUGAAUGAUAAACUGAAAAAUAUUGACGUUUUGGUUUACGGUUCAGCUAUAGUAGAUUUUAUAUGCUAUGUUGAUCGGUUACCAAAGGUCGGUGAAACAUUACAUGGCCACAAAUUUGCCAACGGUUUUGGUGGCAAAGGAGCCAACCAGUGUGUGGCUGCGGCACGUUUAGGUGCUGAGUCAGCCAUGAUCGCCAAAUUGGGCACGGACUCGUGGGGAACUCAAUAUGUUGGACAAUUUAAACAGGAACGUAUUAAUGUGGAUUUUGUUAAACAAUGUGAGGGAGAAAGUACGGGAAUUGCCCAAAUUGCCGUUAGCUCCGAGGGAGAAAAUCACAUCAUUAUUGUGGCAGGAGCAAAUAAUAAAUUGAAUGCCAAUGACGUAACUGAUGCUCAAGAAUUAUUUGAAAAUGCCAAAGUAUUACUUUGUCAGUUGGAAACGCCUUUGGAAGGAACAUUGGCUGCUUUGCAGACAUUCAAAGGCAUUUCUAUAUUGAACGCAGCUCCUGCACUAAAGAACACGCCUACUGAACUAUUGAAAGCAGCCACAAUUUUAUGCGUAAAUGAAACAGAAGCUGCAUUAAUGUGUCAAUUGGACGAUAUACAAACAUUAAACCAAGCCAAAACUGCAGUCAAUAAACUUUUGGACAUGGGAGCGUCAACUGUAAUUAUAACUUUAGGAUCCCAAGGCGCCGUUUAUUCUUCUAGUAAAACUAAAGGCAAAUGUGUACAUGUCGUUGCCAAUAAAGUGGAAAAGGUUUUGGAUACUACUGGAGCUGGUGAUGCAUUUUUAGGAGCCUUAGCUUAUCAUUUGGCACAACACCCUGAAAAGGAACUUCACCAGCAUAUAGGUUUUGCCAACUAUGUGGCAUCUUACUCCGUACAAUUUCCUGGUACACAGUCGAGUUUUCCUAAAGCGAAGGAUAUACAAACUAUUUUACCUCAAAACUACCCCUAUAGUGAAAUAUAAAAACGUUAAGAAUAAAAAAAACAAAAAAACUUAAUUGUCUAUAAAUAUUUGUAAAAAAAAAAGGCUGUACACAUUUAUUGUUAACUUGUUAGGGAUUUUAGAGUAACAUAUUUAAAUAAAUGCUUAUAAAAUUUAUUUUUUGCCAGACUUUUUGAUGCCGCCUCCUACUAAAGGUCCUUUUUGGGAAGCCUUUUGCUUAGCUGCAUCUAAAGCCUUUUGUUGUUCCUUUUGUUUUUGUUUGAAAGCUAAUUCAUCAUCGUCCAUUUCUUUAGAUUCUUUUUUGGGAGCUUUUAAGGGCUUCUUUUUUCCACCUUCACGACCAGACAUUUUUUGUUAAUAUAUCGUUCUGUAAAUAAAAUAUUUCAAUAUUAUAAAUGUUCUAGAAUUAAGGCACGUUUUUU